AUGUAUCAGACUUUUUCGCCGUCAGUGUUGGUUGCAAAAGACUCGUGCAAAACUUCCGAAAAAAUGCAUGCUUAUGCACCAGCCCUUUCGAUUUCAACACUGGUUCCCAAAGCUCACAAUGUACAAGCUUCGAACAUGUAUCGGAACGGGUGCGCUUUCGGAAAGGUGGCUGCAGAUCGGAGACGCGUCUAUUUUCAACAAACCUGUCAGCGAGAAUUGGAUCAUUCACAACAUUAUACUUCAUCGCACCGCUAUCCGCAUCCGUCCUUGGAGCAUUGGUAUUCCUUUCCUCAAGCCAAUACCAAUUCUCAGUUUACAAGACCGAUUCCUAUAUAUACACCCAAUUCUCAUUCUCGUCAGGGAGUUUAUUCUCGUGUAUACCCCACUCCUGCUUUCCAGCCUGACACUACUGAUCUUUAUCAUUCCGGCCAGCAUAGGACUCUGCGCAAAACCCAUCCCAACUCUCUUGAUCAUUACAAUAUGCCUAAACAACUCUCCUCUGUCCAAAAACAGCGCUCAUCUACUGCUGGUAUUACCAAAGAACGAAAGUAUAUCUGUGAAUGGGAGUCGUGUGGAAAAAGUUUUUAUCGCCGUACAGAUGUUACUCGACACAUGAAGAUUCAUUACGAUUUACGUCCAUUUGCAUGCGAUUGGACUGACUGUAGUAAAAGCUUUCGCCAGCGUUCUGCUCUUCGUAUACAUAGAAGGUUGGUAUUCAUCUUGUUUUCUUUAUAUACUACUUCUUGA